AUGGACAGGCCAUCUGCGAGCGGAGACGUACCCAUGGAGCAUAUCUUGGACCUCCUUACGAAGUGCGAGACCUUCGAGGACCUUCCCGACGACUUCGAUCUCCAACUAGACCCUCCGGGGGAACGCAAGGUCUUCCUGAAUCAGCAUGCGCCCCGCGGCCCUUUGUCGAAGAUAGAUGCACCAGUAAGGGAGUAUGAAGAAUACCUACGGUCGAAGUGGUCAUGCUCGGAGGCUAUGCCUACCGGCUUCGACCCGGACAGAUUAGAAGCCGCGAGGCAAGCUCAGCUCCACCCUCGCCGCGCCAACGAGCACGACCUAGAGAGAAGGAGUGUUGUGGCCGAUCCAGAUGUCAGCGGCGAGGCCAUGUAUGAUCCCGAUUCGAUAGAUGCCGGGCAACCGUCCUGGGACUACGAAAACGAGGCUGCCGAUCUCGAUGUCGACGGAGCGACGGCAGCAGCGCCCGAGACCAUCGAACGCGCGUCCACGCCGCGCAUUAAGCGAGGCUCCAAGCCGCCGCUGUGCCGGAGCGCGUUCGCCGCCGCCGGCCGGCCUUCGACGAAGAACAGGGGCGACGACCAGACACCCAGCACGCGCCUGAAGAGCUACCCGCGGGCCCCGCAGUACUUCCCCUUCCGGAGCAAGGCGCGGAAGAGUUAG